AUGGCAAAGGCAUUGCAGACCAAAAUAAAAAGCUCGUACUCAGGCCAGGCAUUUGAAAUUGUACUUAUAGCAGCUUUGUCCGCCCUUUUAUUCAAUAAGAAGGCACCUGCAACGAAAGACGAGGCAGAGUUCGUACGAAACUUCAGGUCUUAUGCAGCCGGGAGAUUUUAUUUUUACAGAAGUCUUCCAUUGCCGUCUUUGAUAUCCUAUGGGCUGUAUAGAGCCUCAACACACAUGAAUAUGCCCCUACUGUCCCUAGUGUUAGAAAGCCCCAGACUAGUCAGUCUCGUUCUCUUUAUAAUAACUAUGGUGCAAGUGUAUUGGCUGGCCAGAGAGACGUACAACAGGAUACUAUCUUGGAUGGUUGUGGCCGUUCACAUAGUCGGACUACUGAUCAACACUCAGAUUGUGUUUCUCACAAACGAGGUGUUUUCAAUAUUCUUCUUUGUGUGUGCGAUUGCACAGCUAAAGAGGCGCCGCACUGUCUUCUCUGGGUUCUUGAUGGGCCUUUCAAUGGCAUCGAACUGGGCCUCCAUAUCGGUCCUGCCUCCUCUUAUGGUAUUCUAUGGAUUACAUCUGUUUUCAUUCGUUGUAAACCCUAAGAACAAGAUAAGAAAAGCUGCUCUGAAGCUUAUCAAGGGAGUUGCAGCCUUUAUCCUUCUCCCUGUCUUUAUAUAUGUCCUGUCGUUCUUUAUACACUACUCAAUACAGCAGCAAUACACAGACGAUGCAGAGAAGUUUUCUAUAGAGUUCCAGGCAACGUUGGUGGGAAGUGUCCAAGAGCCUGCCGACAAGUAUCUUAUGGACAGAAGCAUAGUUACCAUCUUGAACCAGAAGCACCUUGCAUAUUUAAAUAUGAAAGACGGCACUCCCUCAUGCUCGAAUCAGAAGACUGAGGACUCCAUGUGGGUGAUAAUUAAGGUUCAUCCGAGUGAUUCCGCGAAAAACAUAGAAGAGGAGGGUAGAUACAUAGGCCAUGGAGAUCUUGUGAAGUUAGUGGAGUUUGGGAGUAACAUGUGCCUGAGGGUUUCCAAUGAAGACAGCGAGGAUAAGUUCAGGAAGGUCCUUGGAUUUUCUCAGCAGGACAACGAGGCCGACGAAGAAGACAUAUGGCAGAUAAUUGGAGAUGGGCCGAUUAUCAGCAGAAGGUCAUUAAUAAAGUUCAGGCAUUAUAAGACCGCAAUGGACUUGUGUGUCAGGAGCCUUCAGAAAUCUGAGGAGGGCGAAACCAGAGGAGGCGAUGCAGAAAAGGUCGUAGAGGGGUCUUUGUACAGUGAUAACAAAUCAAGACUAUUCUACAUAAGCGAUAAUAAGAACCAUGACUUCUUCAAGAAGAACUUCGAGGAUGGAAGGCCUAAAGAAACAGUCCUGCACUUUCCUCAGAAAAGCUUUAUCCAUAAGAUGAUCGAGCAUCACAAGAGGCUUGCAAGAAGUCCCAAAUGGAAGUGGAACCCGGUGAAGAGGCACAGUGUAUUGAGCCUCCAGAACGGCGGGACCCACUUGAUGAAGCAUGAUGUGCUUUUCAAUACCCUUGCAGCAAUAUCUUCAUUCUUACUCCCUAUAACACUUCUACUGAACCAUAUUUCUUGGGAAAAGUACGGAAAAGGCCUCAUGACCAGAAAAGAAGACUUCUUUGUAUGCACAGUGCACCUGUGUGCAGUUCUCAUGGGACUCAUGAUUGAGAUCGGUCAGGGGCUUACAGAGAUCCUGAGGGUGUGGAUGAUGCUGACGCUAGCAUUCCUUCCGGGUAUCAAACCAGCCCUCCUUCUUUUCUCCCUCUUCUUGUCUUCUUCGAUAAAGGUUCUGAGAUAA